UUUAAGACAAGUCCUUGAUAACAACUUAUCUCCCGUACUUCUGCUCAUUUUGGUGAGAAUGACCCACCCAACGGACGACUGCUUCUAUCCUCAGCCAAAAAGUAGCCAGGGCCUACACACCCAGGAGAGUGGUGAUGCUGGCCUCUCCUCCAACAUGGAGCACAAGUUCAGUGAUAAUUACAAUACUUUGCCUGAAGAGGGUAAAGGAAGCUCAGUGAUGGUCAUUCCUAAAGAGGAACAAGACAUCGUUGAGCACCCCUGCAUGACAGGAGAGGCUGUUACCCACCUAUCGGUCCUUGGACGUCCUGCUGGUUCUAAUGCAGACAUCUUGUCUGAUGUGGGUCGCACAAGGCCUAAGUUACAUCCUGUGGCUGUCAAGGAAGAGUUAUUAAAUUUGUCCACUGUAGCUGUGGUUGAGAAAAACAACUUUCCACCACGAGCCACACCUAAAGGCCUGCUGGAAAACGGUCCAGCAGCGGAAACUCUUAACACUUCACCUGGAAAUACAACCAUUAUAGAGGAGGAACUAAACAUAGAAGUGGCGGGACAGGAUAGCUGCAUCACGGGCAUGGCGUUGGCCCCAGGGGGAAAUCCAGUGGAACGAAAAGGCCCACCACUAGUUCCUGAACAUGUGAAAAAUGGCAACCAUCCCAAGAGAAGAGCUGCGCGGAGCAACUGGAAACUGUACCUUCUGACAUUUGCAUUAAUUGUUCCCGCCUCUGAGGGCUAUGCUGGAGCUAAACCUGCAGGAGACCAAAAGUAUCAGUGCUUUACUUGCAUGGAUGAGGAGAAAUGCCCGAAGCUGAUGACCAUAUAUGAUCAGAUAAAUGAUGACAGUCCUCUGUACAGCAGGAACCUCACUCAGCCAUUGCCAAGUUGCUCUGUGAUCUAUCCACUUGCUCCUAAGAGUUGUACCGUGUGCGACUUCCAAGCCAGUAUCAUCAUCAUUUGCUCCCAGGGCGUUGGAAAAUUGGAGGUGGAGGCUAAUGGUGGAUUACAGAUUGUGAACAUCUCUCCUGGCUGCAACUAUCAGCAGCUCCAUGGCUCUGCAUGUACUACACUGAUUUCCAGGGGUGUCCUAUUUUUGAUUCUGCUCAGAGCCCUUGUGAUUUAAAUUUCAUCUGAUAUAACAGUCAUGUUUCUGCCCUUGUGGGAAUGCAGAUCCAGGUUCAGUACUGCUGAGUUUUACAUUGUAUUUGUCACCGUUCUUGUAAGAUACACCUUUAUCUUAUCUUAUCUUAUCUUUUGUUCAUUCAUACUUACCUAAACAGGAUUUAUACAAAGUCACUGUCUAUCUUGAAUCUUUGCUGCAGUAAAAUAUUAGUUUCAAAUAUCAAUUCCAGUGGCCCCUCUAGUGGGCUGUGAAUAUUUUCAGUUUAAUAGUGUCCCACUUGACACACGUUUCUCUCUUUUUUGGUAACAGGAUAAAAAACAACAGCAUGAGCAGAAAGAAGACCAUGAGCAGAGGCCAUUUAUUCACAUCUGAUCCUCUGAUCAAGUUUUUUUCAUUUGCAUUUUUUGUUAGUUUUGCAGCCAAAGCUGCAUUUUGAAAUUGCAUUUGCUUGCAUAUAGAUAGAAUAGCUGCAUAAGGUAUGGUACGGUAGGGUAGGGUUUGUCUUUGAUAAACCGCUGUUUUGGUAACAGGGCUGCACUGCUGAUUAAUCUGCUGAUUAUUUACUUUAAUCGUUUGACCUAUAUGUAAAAUGUCAGAAAAAAACAGCAAGACAAAGGAAAGCAGCAACAGCUGAAACCAUGGGCAACUUUUAGCCUUUUUUUCCUUGAAAAAUGACAGAUUAUUUCUCUUUCAAUUCUCUAUUUGACUAGCUUUCAACCUGAUGGCUAAUAAUGACUAAGCUUUCUGCAAAAAUGGCUGAAUGAAGAUGUAUACCUGCUUAUCUUGAUUAAAAACUGCUGUAAGCCGCU